UACCAUGUGAGGAGCUCAGGAGCAGCGUGGCAGGGCCUCCUAUAAAAGUGUUUCCCCUUGCACCACCGCUGCACACUGCACUGCGCCACCACCGUAUCCAAAAUAGCUCAGCUCAGCGCUGCUCGCCACUGAACUCGGCUGGACUGGUGACACAGUUGUAGAGCACCAAGCCAUGGCUCCCCUGCUCUUCAAGGACAUGAGGAGCCUCUCGUGCUCGUCGCCGGCGUCCACCGCCAUAUGCCCUAGCCUGGAGCGCCAGCCCAUCUUCCGCCCCCAGAAGGCCGGCGCCAGCCCGCUCUUCCAGGUCCCCGCCGAGCCCAGAGCCCACAGGCAGGACGGCAGGAAAGGGCAGCAGCAGCACCACCACCACCGGGCUGGCGUUGCCAAUGGCGAGCUCGCCAGCCCGGCCGGGUCGACAAGGUUCCUGCUCAGCGGCUGUGCCGCCGUCGACGAGAUCCAGGAGGUCGCCACGGUUGCGGCGGCGCCUCCGGCUGCUGCCCCGGGUGGUGAUGUCAGAAGGGAGGAGCCGGCUGCUGCUGAUGUGAAGAACACCAACACCAGCACGCAGGAGCAGGUGGUGGUGCUGAAGGUGUCCCUGCACUGCAAAGCGUGCGCCGGCAAGGUGAAGAAGCACCUCGCCAAGAUGGAAGGUGUUCGGACGUUCAGCAUCGACUUCGCGGCCAAGAAGGUGACGGUGGUGGGCGACGUGACCCCGCUCGGCGUGCUUGCCAGCGUCUCCAAGGUCAAGAACGCGCAGAUCUGGGCGGCGGCGCCGCCGCCGCAGCCCGCCAUGGCCGCCUAGCUCGCCGACGAGACCAAGAAGAAGCCUAGGAUUCCAACGGGUCCUGGCUCAUGGUAGGUAGGGAGCUGUGUGUGUACUACGUGAGCGUGAGCAGCUCGGCACGGACGUCCGUACGCGCGUGGGGGUCACCCACCGGGGCACGCAGGCAGCCGCUGACGAGGGCCAGGCCGGCACGGUGGACCAGCGGCGAGCGGGCGCGCCACUGUGCGUGACACGCGUGCACAUGCAUGGCGUUCGUCGUGGGGCGCUCCCCAACGGGCAGAAGCUGCCGUGCUGUGGAUCUGUGUUCGUGUUGGUGUUCGUCUCGUGAUGUGUUUGUUUGGUUGUGUUCGGCGCGUGGUGUUUCUUCUCUUGUCAUGAGACUCGGAGCGUGUGUAUGGCUCUGUUCGUUUCAUCUUCUCUGCUGUAAUAUAUGAGCGUUUCAUGUGCA